CACUUGACAUAUUCAACAGUACUUGUAGUUUCUUCAAAAAAGAAGAAUGGAGGCCUUCCUACCUUACCUUGUUCCUCUUUUCCUUCUUCCUCUCUCCCUCUACCUCAUCUCGUCCCUCCGGAAAAAGGGGUCCGGUGAUCCGAAAAACCUCCCCCCCGGCUCCAAGGGGUGGCCGAUGGUGGGAGAGAACAUGGAGUUUGCCCUCUUAGGCCCUCAGAAAUUCGUCAAAGACAGAAUGGAGAAAUACUCUCCCGAUGUAUUCCGAACCUCGUUGCUAGGAGAGAAAAUGGCAAUAUUCUGCGGCGCACAAGGCAACAAGUUUCUCUUCACCAACGAGAGCAAACUCCUCACCUCAUGGUGGCCUCAAUCGAUGAAGAAGGCGCUGCUCUUCCCUGAGUUCAUCGAGAGCGACUUGAAGGAAGUCUCCGCCUUGAAACGGAGCUUCCACCACGACAUCCUCAAGCCGGAGGCCUUGAAACACUACAUUCCAGUAAUGGAUGAGUUGGCUCGUGACCAUCUCGACACAGACUGGAAGGCUAACUCAGUGGUGAAGGUUUUACCUAUGUCCAAAAAAUACACAUUUGAGCUGGCGUGCAAGCUGUUUCUGAGCGUGGUUGAUCCACUGCACAUCAAGAAGCUCUCGGAUCCCUUCACUCUAGUGACCAAUGGGAUGUUCUCCGUGCCCAUAGACCUGCCCGGGACGGCCUAUAAUGGAGCCAUCAAGGGGGGCAAGAUGGUGCGCGAGGAGCUCAUGAGGAUCAUCAAGGAGCGGAGGAGUGAGCUGGCCCAGAGGGGCGAGGCCGAGGCCGAGGGCCGGGACCUGCUGUCAAAGAUGCUGCUGGUCACCGACGAAGAUGGGAAUUUUUUGAGUGAGAUGGAGAUCUCUAACAACAUUAUAGGUUUGCUGGUGGCUAGCUUUGAGACGACCAGCUCUGCAGUGACGGCCGUCAUGAACUAUCUUGCUGAAUUCCCCCACAUUUAUGAUGAGGUUUUGAAAGAACAAAUGGCGAUUGCGAAAACAAAAGGGCCUAAUGAUCUGCUGACAUGGGAAGAUAUCGAGAAGAUGAAGUACUCGUGGAACGUUGCGCGUGAAUCACUGAGGCUAACUCCGCCUGCACAAGGAGCAUUCAGACAAACCACGACCGAGUUCACUUAUGCAGGUUUCACUAUUCCUAAAGGAUGGAAGACAUUCUGGACGGUGCAUUCGUCUCACAAGAAUCCCAAGUACUUCCCGGAGCCGGAGAAGUUUGAUCCAUCGCGGUUUGAGGGGAGUGGGCCGGCGCCCUACACGUUCGUGCCGUUUGGAGGAGGGGCGAGGAUGUGCCCGGGGAAGGAGUAUGCUAGGCUUGAAGUGCUGGUUUUCAUGCACAAUGUGGUGAGGAGGUUCAAACUCCAGAAAGCAAUCCCUAAUGAGAAGAUCGUUUUCUAUGCGUCGCCUACGCCGGUUCAUGGCCUCCCGGUUCAUCUUCGCCCUCAUAAAAACUAACUUUUAAUUUAAUACUAUGUGUGAAUGCAUUUCUUGCUUUUCUGUUUGUGUUUCAUAAUAAUCUACCAAUGUAGAGCUUAGAAUGUAAGGAUAUUGACAUAAAGGAAAUACAUUACACGCUUCUUGUUCUUGGACAAGUUGCACAAUUCAA